CCCACCACCACCAUCAUCUCUACCCUCGAAAGCAAUUAAAAUCAGGGAAAUAUUCAUUUCUAAGUUUCUAACCAAUGAGUCUCUUUGGUCUCGGAAGCAGGAAUCAGAGAACAUUUCGUCCCAAAAAGAAUGCUCCAUCAGGAAGUAAGGGUGCACAGCUUCAAAAACACAUUGAUGCUACCUUGGGUAGUGGGAACUUGAGGGAAGCUGUACGGCUACCUCCUGGAGAGGAUCCUAAUGAAUGGAUGGCUGUAAACACUGUAGACUUCUUCAAUCAGGUCAACAUUUUAUAUGGCACUCUUACCGAGUUUUGCACGCCAUCCAGCUGUCCCACAAUGACUGCAGGACCAAAGUAUGAAUACAGAUGGGCUGAUGGGGUUCAAAUAAAGAAACCCAUUGAGGUAUCUGCACCAAAAUAUGUUGAGUAUUUGAUGGACUGGAUUGAAUCUCAGCUCGAUGAUGAAUCAAUAUUUCCUCAAAAAUUGGGGGCACCAUUUCCUUCAAAUUUCCGAGAUGUUGUUAAGACAAUCUUCAAAAGACUAUUUAGGGUAUAUGCUCACAUCUAUCACUCACAUUUUCAGAAGAUUGUCAGUCUGAAGGAAGAAGCUCAUUUGAAUACUUGCUUUAAGCAUUUUAUUUUAUUCACAUGGGAAUUUCGUUUGAUUGAAAAGGAAGAGCUUGCACCUCUUUAUGACCUGAUUGAAUCCAUCCUUUCAUGCUAAAGAUUCUUUUUGUUGGACAUGACGAUGGCUAAACUGGAUACUGUAA